AUGACAGAAGACCUAGAAGAUAGACUGAAAAUAUCGAUCCCAGAGAAUAACCCAGGAGUUUCAGCGAAAAAGAGCUGGGUGAAGGAGCAUAAAGACAGUUGGAGGAAGAACUCCAGGGAUGAGUCCCACAUUUAUCUGUAUACUGACAGAUCACUUUUGCUCAACCAGGGAAUCUGCAGAGCUGGGUACGGAUUUGCAGCCUUUCACCAUGGCACGGACAUCUUUAAAGGGAAGGGCGGUCUAGGAGCGAGAGUCGAGGUUUACGAUGCAGAGAUGGAAGGCCUUGCCCAAGGCACAGCCCACCUCACCGCAUGGAUCGACAAGAACAUCCCAACCCAUAACAAGCUAACACUAUCCACCUUCUUGUCACGACUGACAAAUCCCGGGGCUCCAUCAGCGGCAAUCAAUGCCGACAGGCGAUUCCGCCGACCCAAACCCAUCCUUACCAGCCCCAACCCGAUGUCUGUUCUAUCGACCAUGCACCGCUUCCGCACCUUCCGCAACCUCUGUCCAUUUCUGGUUGUCCUUGACACCUCUGGUCAGGUCAACACUCCCCUCCGUAUCUUGCUGGCCAUCAUGCUGUCCUUUUGUGACAGCACUGACAGACCACCCUCUGUUGUGGACUCAUCAGCACCAUGCUGA